UUAUUACUCUUUUAUGUUUUCUUCUUCUUUUUGAACCAAAUCAAAUCACAGCGCACACAGCCAUUUCUUUAAGAAAGCUCCGUUUCUUCUUCCCUCCCUCCCUCCCCAUUUCGCCCUCCGUCGCUCUCCCAGGUUUUGGUUUUGAUCCCUUCUUCGGAGGCUUAUAGCGCCGCGGCGGUCGCGAGAGGUGGCGCGGGCGGCUGCGGACGUCGGUAGUGGCCUGUGGCGGAGUGGCGUUUCCGAGGGCGUGCGGGUUGGUCGUGGGCGAUUCGUCGAUGAAGGAGAUGUUGGGGAGUCUUGGCCGCUCGAGAUCUGCCGCGGGAUGGAGCGGCCCGAUCUAUGAUGUGCGGGGUUGAUUUCGGCGCGCGGUUCGCGGAUUGUUUGAUCUGUGCAAGAGGGAGGAGAACGGGCUGCUCGUUGUUUCUUCGACGCCAGCGUCAUGGCGACCACCAAGCGUGCGUACAAGCUACAGGAAUUUGUAGCACAUUCGUCCAAUGUCAAUUGCCUAAAGAUUGGGAGGAGGACUUCGAGGGUUCUUGUCACCGGAGGAGAGGAUCACAAGGUCAACCUUUGGGCUAUUGGGAAGCCCAAUGCCAUAUUGAGUCUGUCUGGCCAUAUCAGUGCAGUUGAAUCAGUAAGUUUUGAUUCGUCGGAGGUUUUGGUGGCUGCUGGUGCGGCUAGUGGCUCAAUAAAAUUAUGGGACUUGGAGGAGGCAAAGAUCGUUCGCACUCUAACUGGGCACAGGUCAAAUUGUAUAGCUGUUGACUUUCACCCAUUUGGCGAGUUCUUUGCUUCUGGGUCACUAGAUACAAAUCUAAAGAUCUGGGAUAUCAGAAGAAAAGGAUGCAUCCAUACAUACAAAGGUCAUACUCGAGGGGUUAAUGCUAUUAAGUUCACCCCUGAUGGGCGGUGGGUUGUUUCUGGUGGGGAAGACAACAUUGUGAAGCUUUGGGAUCUUACUGCUGGAAAACUUUUACAUGAUUUCAAGUUCCAUGAGGGUCAGAUUCGGUGCAUUGAUUUUCAUCCUCAUGAGUUUCUACUGGCAACAGGUUCGGCUGAUAGAACUGUUAAGUUCUGGGAUCUUGAAACUUUCGAGUUAAUAGGGUCCGCUGGACCUGAGACUUCUGGUGUUCGUUCUAUGACAUUUAAUCCUGAUGGGAGAACUUUGCUUUGUGGAUUGCAUGAAAGUUUGAAGGUUUUUUCUUGGGAACCAAUAAAAUGCCAUGAUGCUGUGGAUGUGGGAUGGUCUAGAUUAUCAGAUAUGAAUAUCCAUGAGGGAAAACUUCUUGGGUGUUCUUACAAUCAAAGCUGUGUUGGCGUGUGGGUUGUGGACCUCUCUCGCAUCGAGCCAUAUGCAAUUGCUAGUGCUGCUAAUCUAAACGGUCACUCAGAACCUAAGUCUGCAUCAAGUGGUAGUGUGUCUAUGCAAGCUGAUAAUAAUAUAAAGUCUAGUAUGGGGAGGCUAUCAAGUUCAGAGCCAAAUGCUAAAGAGACAAAACCAGUAGCAUAUGUCCCUGGUACUCCUCAAAGGAUUGCAACAAGUGGUGGCACAAAAACAACUACUACAGCACCAGCCCCAGCACCAGCACCAGCACUGGCACCUGUUGCUACUACCGUAAAAAGAAGUGCAUCAAAAGCUCAGGCUACAACUAAUCUUCCAACCAUAAAAAAAUCUGAUAUAAUACCUGUCAUUGUCCCUAGAACUAGCCCCAGAUUGGAGCUGUCCGCUGAUUCUACUAAUGAUGGGAUUGGAAGAACAAUACCAUGUGAUAUCCAAUCAAAAUCUGCUAAUUUUCGGAAAGUAUCAAACAUCAACGAAAAUUCAGAAAGGGCAGAUAUGUCAGUUCAGUCUGGGUUUGUGGGCAGUAGAACCACUGAACAAAAUGAACUCAUGGACCAAACUGCUAUUUCUUCUGGCAACUCUGUAACUCAGCGAGUGACUGGUGGAGAAACUAACCUGGAUGAUGUUAAAUGUGUUACGACAGGGAGGCCAGGAGCAAAUCUAUUCAGAGAAUCAAGUGCAAAUUAUGAUCAUGAAAAUCGAAGAACAAGGUCACUUGUUGCAACCUGGGAAAGGAGGGAACAUUCUCCAAGUUAUGAUCAGCCAAGAUUAAGCAAUUCCUCUGAGACCGGCGCUACUUCUAGCUCUCCAUAUUCUUUGAGAGGUCGCAAUCGAUUUGCUGAAAAGGAAACUGUACCUGCUUCUGAUGAGGAUGCUAUUGCUGUUUUACUGGGAAAACAUGACCAAUUCUUAAACCUGGCACAGUCUCGAUUGAUCAAAUUACAGGUAGUUUGCCAACUUUGGGAAAGAAAUGAUGUCAAGGGUGUCAUUGAUACAAUUGAGAAGAUGUCCGAUCAUGCUGUCUGUGCUGAUGUAUUGAGUUCUCUGAAGGAUAAAAGUGAAAUCAUUACUCUGGAUAUAUGCGCAUCUCUACUGCCACUCCUCACUGGCCUUCUUGAAAGUAAGAUAGAUAGGCAUUUAAGUGUUUCCUUGGAAAUGUUGCUGAAGCUAGUCAAAAUCUUUGUUCCUGUAAUCCGUUCAACAUUGUCGGCAGGUCCAUCUGUUGGUGUUGACCUUCAAGCAGAGCAGAGGCUGGAACGUUGCAAUUUGUGCUUCAUUGAACUGGAGAAGAUCAAGAAUAGUAUUUCUUCCCUUAUAAGAAGAGGAGGGUCCAUCGGAAAGGCUGCACAGGAACUGAAUCUCGCUCUCCAGGAAGUGUUAUGACUCACAUAUACAUACACAUGUACAGUGGAUUUGCCAUUCUUUAUAUCCUUUGCCUCCCCAUUGGAAGCUGAUUGUUCAACUGUUUAUUGGGGACCUUCCCAGAUAUGGAUGCUGAAGCUAAACACUACAAAAAUUUGCUUAUAUCCUGUAAGCAUUCUAACUGUGUUCUGACAUCUACGGAACUAGCGGAGUCCAUUCUGCAACAUAUGAGGAGUAUAUAUGUAUGACAGCGAUAGAACAUAUUGUUCUGCAUUGCUUGGAGAGUAUCUAUUGGAAAGAGUGGAAGGUUUGCUAUCCUCUCCAAAAGUUGGCUGCAUGGUGUCUGUCCUUUUUCGCUACAUGACAAAUUUGGCCAUAGUAAAAGUUUUUAUUUGCAUAGGAUUGGAUAAUGUUGCCCAGGCCAUCGAUUUGUUUUGGUGAAGAGGCUGGGGACAACAUUUUUUUCUUUGUACCAUGUUCUUGUAUCACAAGUUGAGUAAUGGGAAAAAAAGGGGGGAAAACUUCACCAAAAAUUUCGAA